GAAUGACCGAUGACAGUUACUGAUUCAGAGAGAUACCAUCAGCAGACGCUUCAACAACAGUUCGACCCUUCAAAAUGAUUCGUUUGUUCGUUGUCACUAUUUUUUUCGGUAAUAUUCUAUUUAUUUACGCUCAAUAUGGCAUGCGAUCACAUCCAAUUUACAUGGGCAAUCCAGGACCAUCAUCUGAACCUAUUCCCGGACCAUACUUGCCAGUUUUACCAAUAGUGCCAAGAUUAAGCCCUUACGCAGUUUUUAGAAUGCCGCCUAUUAUAAGUGCUAAACCCAUACCCGUCGUAUCUAACUCCUUGGCACCGGUUAAAAAUCAACGUUUGGCAGAUACAUUAGAAAUGUCACAUUUCCAGACACAAGAUUCCGAUGGUAGAUUUAUAUUCGGAUUUAAUACAGCUGACCAGUCAAGAGUAGAAUCUAGAAGUGCCGACGGAACGGUGAGAGGGUCAUAUAGUUACACUGACCCCAUGGGAAAACAAGUACAGGCGCAAUACUGGGAUACAGGAGCCGGGUUUCAUAUCACAGGUAACAAUAUAAUGUCUUCUGACUCUGGAUACAUUCAAGACACACCUGAAGUAGAAGCGGCUAGGAAUGAGCACUUUCAAAUCUACCAGCAAACAUUAGCGUCUUUGUUCGACAAUAAAGAUAAUGGUCACAUAGUGGAUGAUAAUCAACCUAAAGACGACCAACGUAGUGAUGUAUCUUUACAAGGUAACGAAAACGAACAAGUCAUCGCCUCCUCUGAUGGAUCUACAUCCAAUAGUUCUGUAUUAGGAAAUACAACUUCGCUGCCGCUUCCGAGCUCUGCAUCUAUUACAAUUAUUUCUACCACUGCAAAACCUGCAAAUAUACUAAGCCAUGAUUCAGAUUGGAAGGAACAAGAGUAUGAUGAUGAUUCGGUUAUUGUAGAUAAUCCUAAUUUAAUGAGAAUAGCAUGGAGUACAGACGGUAGUUAUAAAUAUGCAAAAAAAGCUGACUCUAGGGAUAAAAAGUCCAUGAAGAUGUUUGGUGAUCGUUUAGUCCCACUUAAGUCAAAUGUUAAAAGAGUUUAAAUUUAUGCGUAAUUGAAUUAACUUUGAGAGCUGUAGUGAAUUUUUCAAAUGAGAGAGAUUUUUAAAAAACAUACAUGCUCUUAAAAAUCAAUUUUCUAUUUUGAUUUCUUAAAUUAUUUGUAACAUUAUUUUUGUAAUUCACAAAAUUAAGAUAUCUUACUACACUUAUUUAUCAAAAAUGAAAUUUGAUUUUUAAUUAAAAAAAUUUUUUUAUUCCAUUUUAAGUUUUUAAAAUGCUUUAAAAUUUUUUUUUUUAAAUUAAU